AUGCAAGGACAUCAGCAAUGCUCGAAUUACUCGGACUUUAUGGAGAGAAUUUUGAGUGAGGACGACACUACAGAAAUCGACUCGAUCCCUAAGGAACAGUAUGAGAAAUUGACUCGUUUUCUCGCCAGGCAGUAUUUCUUCCGCUGCUGGGUCCUUCAGGAAAUCAUGCUUGCUCGGCGGAUAUGCAUGCUGUGUGGAACGGAGAUUGUGGACUUCUCGGACCUUCAGAGGAUCGCCUUGCUUGUCGCUUGGAUCAAAAAGCAUCAUCUUCAUUCUCCAAUCGGGCAAGCAUUGGACCUUCCUAUCAAACCGAAUCGAAACUUUGAUCAUGAAAAGGCUAUCCUGGAGCUAUUCCAAGACCGAUGGCGGCUGUUAUACAAAACUGAGACGCAGCAACAGAAACUGCCUUUUACUUUUGAACAACUUCUUACUCUAGCUCGUAUGUCCGGAUGUGCAAACCCCAAAGACAAGAUAUUUGCACUACUAGGCAUCGUACCGCGCGGUGCCUUCGGAAUAAGUGUUGAUUAUAACAAGACGACAGAGCAGGUCUAUAGCGAGGCGAUCCGACGCCUUAUUCAGGAGACGAAGAACCUCAAUUGCUUGAGCUGGGUUACGGAUAGAUCUCUGAGGAGGUUUCCGAAUUCCCCAACCUGGGUCGGAGAGUUUGACGAUAAGGCCGAGCAAUCGGAGCUUGCGUUCGCAAGUGUAGGCUACAAUGCCACUUCGGGAUCAAUAUUGGACGUCAUGGGCACUGGUUCUGAAAGCAACAGCGUACUUCGAGUUCAAGGUGUUGAAAUUGGCCGGAUUGUGGAGCUGGCUGAGCCAUGGGAAUGGCACGGCGGGCGCUUGAAGUUCGAUCCUCAGUGGGUCACCCUCACACUCAAUCUACCAAAGGUCUACCGCCCUACAGGAAAACCACGAGGCGAGACAUUGGUUACUACCCUGGUUGCUAAUCAUGUCGACCAUAUGCCUCUCGAUCACCAACCCGACAUGGACCAUUUCAAAUACGUGGUCCGGCGACUAACCUGCGCUGCAGUCGUCCGCUACCUCCAUUAUCUAUUCUACUACUCUGAUAGGACGAAGUCCGGGGUAGCCUAUAAGGACAAAGCUUUGCCGUUCUUUCGCGAUUUAGAUAUGUUGUCUGGAGGCGAUAACACUGGCUUCAUCACAUCUUCGGCUGAAGUUCGGCAAGCGGAGCAACAAAGUUGUACUUGUAAGGCCAAUUUGUCGUUCGUCGACAUUAGCAGUGCAUCUCUACCUCGUCCUCCACCUGACUCCGGAUGUCCCUACAUUGCCGACUUCAACCGACCAAAUCCUCGCAGUCAUCCCUACAGAACUUCCAUUAGCGACCGCAUAGCGCGUCUCGGAGCUGCAGCAAGUGAUGCAGACAUCAAGCGAGACUGGAGGGAUCACAACUUUGGUAGAGCAGCUAAUAGACAUGGUCAGUUUCGGCGUUUGGCGAGGACAAACAACGGCUAUCUGGGCCUGGUUUCAACUAGCUGUGAAGUCGGGGAUGCAGUGUGGUUGCUGCAGGGCGCCAACGUUCCUUACGUCUUACGGGGAAUCGGAAAGUACGCUGGCAAUGAAGCAACAGGGAGCGUAUGGGAAGUGGUCGGUGAUGCUUACGUACACGGUGUUAUGCAAGGAGAGAUAUGGAAAGACGCCAAAGAUCAACUAGUGAAUAUUGAGCUAGUGUGA